UGCCCCGUCGACGUCGAGACGCCUAUCGUGUCACGCUCCGCGUUCCAGUUUAAGUUCCGACCGCGACACGGUUACGUGCUCACUACGUUUAGUUUGUCCACAAGUCUUUUGUUGUUGGAUACAAAUCGCGAGUACCGCGUUACCGUCUUUGAAAAUCAGAUUUUUGGAUUUUAAAUCGAAAUAUCUAGUGUGUUAAUUAUUAAUUUUUUAAAAAUUUGUUGAUUAUCACAAAGUGGAUAAACGAAAGAAUUUAUUUCCGUGCUUGGAUUGUCAUCAAGAUUAUCUGUAAUUUAGGGUUUGGAGUAAAAAAUUUAAACCAGAAGCCCGACUCUGGAGAGUAAAUAAAAAUAAUUUUUGGAUUGAGUUUGAAAAUAAAUCUAUCAAACUGGGAGACGGAAGAGGUAGACCUAAAAGAGUCAGGAUGGCUGACGAAAAUAUACCCGCGGCUCCUGCGGCAAAGGAAAGAAAAUCUUUACAUGUGACAACACUUAUUGCUAAAAUUGCCGAAGUGAUCCUUGCGGUAUUCACCAUUGGUUUGAUUGUUGAUCCUUUGAAUUCAUAUCAUCAACGAAUGUACAAUCGACCCCGUUCGAAAUUAGACGAUGUCGCUCUGAUUUACACCACCGUCGCUGGAUAUUUAAUUAUCAAUGUACUUUUUAUUAUUGGACAUGCACUAGGAGACAAAAUUCCAAAGCGAAUGAUUGUUAUGUUUUCGGCAGUGGGAUCCAUUUUGCAUAUCGUUGCCGCAAGUCUGAUGGUUCACGGCUGGAGAAAAGCCGUCGGGUCUUAUUAUGACAUACAAAAUAAUAACAUAUAUUCAAGUAAAAUGUACAAUGACAUGAUGAUAUCAGCAUCAGUAUUUACAUUUAUCAACGCUGCUGUAUUUGCCGGUGAAGUUUUUGUCACGAUAAAAUAUUCGUAGCCCGUUAUUUCGCGACAGUACGAGGUCUCUAUGGAUGAAUUAGGCCGGUACUGAUCGCACGACUCGGUUAUUAUUACGAAAUUUUAAGUAUAUUUUAAUUACUAAUAUACUAAGUGUCAUAAUUUAUAAAAGUAAAUUAUAUUAAAAUUUAAAUAAUUAUAAAACUAAAAUGCUCGUAAUAAUAUUAACGGGCUUUAUAAAACAUUAAAAAGCUUAAAUGUACAACGCUGUAACCCAAAGUUCAAAGUUUUAUCUCGUUAAUAUUUAAAUCCGUCCAUUAAUUAAGAAUUUAUUGAUUCAAUUAUAUAAUACA